AUGAUGUACAUUGAGGUCAGAUGUCCUAGCUUUCACUUUAGCGGCUCUCUUGUUACGCUUGGCCUUCUUGACAGAAUUAUAAUUGUUCCAUGGCGGCUUAUGACGUUGACCAGACUUAACAGUUUUUGUCGGCACGAACUCAUCAACCCACGUGUUAUAUUUUGCUUUCAUAAUAGCCCAACUGUCUUCAACAUUUUUUCUUGAAAAUUCCAUAUUCCAGUCGGUUGCUUUGACUGCCUCGGAGAAGGAUUCAUAGUCUCCCUUGGAGUACAAGUAGAUCUUCCGCUCGGCAACUGCAAUACGAGGAACAGGAGUACGUAGUUCUGCCAUCACACUGUGAUGAUCACUUCUGCCGAGUUUCUCCUUGACAGUAACAGACUGAACAAUGUCGGGAUUACCUGUCAGCAGCAAAUCGAGUAUAUUCUGUCCUCUGGCGCAAAAUAUAAAAGUGUGUGACUUGGGUGAAGGCGUCGCAGACAAGUUGGAGAAGAUCCGACUCAGAAAGGAAAAGACAAAUUUUGCAUUGAUUUUUAAAAUCAAAGACGAGGUGAUAGUCCUGGAGGAUGAACUUGAAAACAUGUCAGUUGAUGAGUUACAGGCAGAAUUACCCACCAGCCAGCCGCGCUACGUCGUCCUCAGCUAUUGUUAUAAACACAACGAUGGACGAACCUCCUACCCACUCCUCUUCAUCUUUUUGUCUCCAUCAGGAUGUAAACCAGAGCAGCAGAUGAUGUACGCUGGAUGCAAACUAAAUUUUGUCAAGGCGUCUGGCCUUACAAAGGUUAAUGAGAUUCGGAAUGUAGAAGAGUUGACGGAGGAGUACAUUCAGGAAAAGCUUUCAUUCUACCAUUAGUGCAAUCCUCAUCAUCAAGUCCAUAUCAGAUUGUCAUCACACAGAAGCAACCCCUGAAUACUGAACUGGCUUAUUAGAAGGUGAACAAGAGGUAUACUACAAGUUAUCCCGCGAGCGCGAGUGGAACACGGAAUAAUGUAGUGCGUCUGUUUCGUCGGAGUGGUAUGUGAACACAGAUGCACUACAUUUUCCGUGUUCCAUGAGCGGGAGCGUGAUAAUGAAUUUAUCUUCAAGCACACUUGACGCGCAGUACAGUUGGAACGAGCACGCUUUACAGGAACAUUUCAGCAGUUUAUUAGCGCAUGCAGCUGGAAUGUCGCUCGCAUCUUGGAAUAGCGCAAUACGCAGGGUGCGAUAUGGACCGUGCAAUACAGUAUAAUAUCACACUGUUGUUUCCAUGGAUCAACCAAUAAGAAUCGAGGAUACAAGUUUACUUGAAGAUAACAAUGCGUAUCCCCGUGCAAUAAAAUUGCCACACCUCAAAGAUGGCUGUAAUGCAAAAGAUCUAUUGUUUUGCUUAGUAAAAUUUCUUCAAUAUAAUUAAGGCACAGAUCUGCGUGCAUGACUAUACUUUGGUUUGUAAGGGGUUGGCUCAGGUGCCACGUAGUGGGGGAACUUUUCUCGCAGGGUAGAAAUGGACGGAGUUGGGGGACUUUCGAUUCCGUCUCCCCGCAGCAACUUUGGUCCCCACAAUAACUAUUGCUUACCGUGUGUGGUCCCCAAACUACGCAACAAAGAUGCAUGGGUUUGUUUAUGGUGUAAAUCGAGGACACACAUCGAGGACCACCUCGAUGAGAAAAUGUGUACAAAAUGAAUGAGAGCUGUUGCUAAAAAUUACAAAGGAAGGAAUAGGGUAGAGGAACAAAAGAAUAUGCUCGACUUACACCAUCAACAAACGUGGUAGGAUUUGACUUCUUUCAUUCUUUAUUUUAGUACCAUUACUUAAUCAAAAGGGGUGCAUACCUAUGUUCCCCAAUACCUAUGAUCCCCAGUACCGAUGUUCCCCAUCCCUAACCCUAAGAAUUUUGGGGAACAUCGGUAUUUGGGAACAUCGGGUAGACCCCAAUCAAAAGUGGACUUGUGUAGUAGACUAUUAGGGACUAGCCUACCAAGGUUGAUUGCAUCAGUGGUUACCAAUAUCCGUACACACCACAGUGCACAUGUAUAGCAGUCGGGAAGGACCAAGAACUUUUGUGAUCCUUCAACCCUAACCACCCCAACUCCAUCAAAAUCCAUCACCCCAUUUUGGUGGAUUUGGGUGGACUUGGUCCAGAAGGCCUGGCGUGACUAAAUAUUGAUGGAGUAUGAUGGACUUGGGCCUAAUUCUGACCUGAAGCAUUGUUAGGGGGGAAUCCGAUUGAUUUUGCCUAGCUUCCAGUACUGCUAUUGUGAUAAAAGCCAUG